AUGUCAUCAAAAUGUGUGAGUAUUUCACAAGUGGCUUCCAGUAUAUUCAGUUCAAACAGUGGAAAUUCAAUGAACGACAGUCAAGAAAAGAAUUCAUGUCCAUUUAUUCGAGUUGUAACGCAUAAAGUUGGUAUACUCGUUCAUUUGGGCCAACUGGUCAGUUUAUCUGAGGAUCAGAAAUCAUUUAUCAUGCGCAAUGUGAUUAGUAUCGACCCGUUAAGAGUACAUGAACGAACAAUUUCAGCAUUACAACCAGCGGGAAUUCUUGCACUCACUGAAUCCAAACUUCAAAGUCAACAUGGUAAAAGGGGAAAUUUUAUUGUCUGA